AUGGGUUUGCCGAGAAUUACCUUUUAUUUUGUUCAUGUUUGUCUACUCAUUUUAACCAUUCUUGAGUUCACCCCAGUAUCCAAAUCUGCACCUGACUACACCAGUUUAGUGUACAAGGGUUGUGCCAAGCAAGAAUUAGCAGAUCUAACAGGGGUUUACUCACAAGCACUCUCUGCCCUUUUUGGCACCCUUAUUGCCCAAUCCUCCAAGGCCAAAUUUUACAAAACCACAACUGGCAGUGGCCAAACCACCAUUAAUGGCCUUUUUCAAUGCAGAGGGGACAUGUAUGGGGUUUUACUAAUAUCCCCAGUCAUAUUGGGAAGGAGAAAGGGACCGGCUUUUAUCCUUCCCCUGAAUCAACAGGCGGCUGUGGCAGUUGCCUCUGCUUGA